UGAAUUUGAGCAUAGAAUGCCUAUAUUUUCAGGUGAUAAUAUGGAAGUAGAAACUUGGCCAGACAGCAAUAUAAAACCACUUAUUCUUGUUACACAUGAUGAAUGCAUUUUUUCGGCUUAUAAUAGAAGUCGGAGUCUUUGGAUUCCUUAUGGUGAACAACCUUUACAAAAAAAGGGAGAGGGUCGUUCAAUUCAUGUUAGCGAGUUCUUAACUGAUAUUUGUGGUCGACUUGUGCUUCCUGAUAAAAUGCAACCAUCAGAUAAGUUUCCUAGAGAAGCUUGUGUUAUUACAUACCCUGGCAAAAAUAACGAUGGAUGGUGGAAGGCUGAGGAUUUGAUUAAUCAAGUAACUAACCAUGCCAUUUCCAUAUUUGAAGCACGCUUUCCAGGCUGCCAAGCCUUGUUUGCAUUUGACAAUGCAACAAGUCAUUCUGCUUUUUCACGUAAUGCACUUAUUGCUAACCAUAUGAACCUUGGCCCUGCUGGAAAACAAGAGAAAUUACACAGCACAUCAUACUUUCAUAAGGGAAGAAAAUAUGACCAAGAUAUGGUCUUUCUAUCAGACUAUUAUAUCUCUGAAUUACGUGGUAAAGCUAAAGGAUUAAAAGAAGUUCUAAAGAAGAGAGGGUUGUGGCCAGAAGAAGGAUUAAGGUUAAAAGAAGUACGAGAAUUAAUAAGUCAACAACCAGACUUUCUAGCCCAAAAAGGACAGUUGGAAGAAAUCAUCAUUGCGGCUGGGCAUCAAAUUAUUUUCUAUCCCAAAUUCCACUGCGAACUAAAUUACAUUGAGACCUUUUGGGCUCUUAAUUCUGUUCCACUCCUAACUAUUCGUCAAUAUGCAAGAAAAGCAUUUCGCUAUAUGGACACAUAUCGAAAAGGCUUAAAUGGUAAAGCAGCUGAAUUUGCUGUUAAAAAAUACCAUUCACACCGCUGA